AUGGCCUAUGCUAUUGAUUUGAAUGCUUUUCAAACCAGACUGAAGUUAUUUUAUAAACAUUGGGAUGAACACAGAACAAAUCUCUGGGGUUCUUCUGAUGCAGUUUCUGUUGCAUGUCCUUCACCUUCAGAAGAUUUAAAGACUGUGAAAUCUAGUGCUAUAUUCUUGUGGCUUCUUGGAUUCGAGUUCCCGCAAACAAUAAUGGUUUUCACAAAGGUGCAGAUUCAUAUAAUGUGCAGCCAAAAGAAAGCGUCAAUUCUCGAAUCUGUCAAAAAAUCGGCUAAAGAGUCGGUUGGUGUGGAGAUUGUGUUGCAUGUCAAGGCUAGGAACGAAGAUGGAGCUUCUCUUAUGGAUGCUAUAAUUUGUUCCAUUCGCGCUCGUUCAAAUUCCAAUGUUGGAUACUUAGCUAGAGAGGAGCCUGAAGGGAAACUGAUUGUUGCAUGGGAUGAGAAGUUAAGAAAUUCGAAGUUUGUUUUGAGUGAUGUGGCGAAUGGGUUUUCUGCGUUGUUUGCGGAGAAAAGUAGUGAAGAAGUUAUGUUUAUCAAGAGAGCUGCCUACCUUACGGCUAGUGUGAUGGAGAAUUUUGUAGUUUUGAAGCUUGAGAAGGUGAUUGAUGAUAAGAAAAAAAUUUUGCAUUCUGCAUUGAUGGAGGAGACGGAGAAAGUUAUAUUGGAGCCUUUGAAAGUUAACUGUAAACUGAAGACGGAUAAUGUUGAUAUCUGUUACCGUCCGGUUUUUCAGAGUGGGGGGAGGUUUGAUCUUAGGCCUAGUGCUGUCAGCAACAAUGAGGCGCUUUACUAUGCCUCUGGCAGUGUAAUUAUAUGUGGUUUCGGUGCGCGGUACAAGAGCUAUUGCUCGAAUAUAGCUAGGACUUUCUUGAUUGAUGCAGACCGUAUUCAGAGUAAGGCUUAUGAGAUUCUUCUGAAAGCGCACGAGGCUGUUAUUGGGUCUCUAAAGCCUGGAAAUAAAUUGCGUGCUGCAUAUCUAGCUGCAGUUUCUGUUGUGGAGAAGGAUGUCCCUCACAUGGUUUCCUGCUUGACAAAGUCUGCUGGGACAGGCAUUGGUAUUGAGUUUGGAGAAUCGGGUUUGGAUAUUAAUGCGAAGAAUGACCAGAUAGUUAAAGAAGGCAUGGCAUUCAAUGUGUCAAUAGGAUUUCAGAAUUUGCAGUGUGAGAACAGUGAGUCUAAGAACAAGGUCUUCUCUCUCUUACUUGCUGACACGGUCAUCGUCAACAAAGACAAGACGGAUAUUGUGACUUCAGUGAGCUCCAAAGCUUUAAAAGGCGUGGCUUAUUCUUUCAAUAAGGACGAUGAAAAGGAAAUUCCCAAAUCAAAGGCUGAUCGCAGUGGUGCAGAGCCUUCGAUGUCUAAGGCAGCACUGAGGUCAAACAAUCGAGAGGUUUCAAAAGAGAAACUCCGAAGACAGCAUCAGGCAGAACUUGCUCGUCAAAAAAAUGAAGAAACUGCUAGGCGACUUGCUGUUGGUGGUAAUGAGGCAGGAGGAAACCGUUCUUCUUCCAGGUCUUCUGCAGAACUGGUCGCCUACAAGAACAUCAACGACCUUCCCCGUCCCAGAGAGAUGAUGAUUCAUAUUGAUCAAAAGAAUGAAGCAGUUCUCUUGCCAAUUAAUGGAAGUAUGGUUCCUUUCCAUGUGCAUUUCAUUCGAAAUGAAGAUAUCCAGCCGGACACCAACCGCAAUUGCUAUGUAAGAAUUAGUUUCAAUUUACCCGGAAUACCUUUCAAUCCUCGCGAUUCAAACUCAAUGAAGUUCCAAGGAUCUAUAUAUUUGAAGGAAGCUAUAUUCCGCUCCAAGGAUUCAACUCACAUGAGUGAGGUUGUGCAAUCCAUCAAAACACUGAGGAAACAAGUUAAAGCAAGGGAGUCUGAGAGAGCCGAGAGAGCAACUUUGGUUACCCAGGAGAAACUGCAGCUUGCCAACAACAGAUAUAAGCCAAUAAGAUUGUCUAACCUAACGAUUCGCCCUGCUUUUGGUGGGCGUGGAAGGAAGAUACCAGGCACUCUUGAGGCUCAUGUGAAUGGAUUUCGAUAUUCUACCACCCGAUCUAAUGAGCGUGUUGAUGUGAUGUUUGCCAAUAUUAAACACGCAUUCUUCCAGCCAGCACGAAAUGAAAUGAUUACUCUCCUGCACUUUCAUCUGCACAACAAUAUUAUGGUAGGAAAUAAGAAGACCAAAGAUGUUCAGUUUUAUGUUGAGGUAAUGGACAUGGUUCAGAAUGUGGGAGGUGGGAAGAGAUCAGCUUAUGAUCCUGAUGAGCUUGAAGAAGAACAAAGAGAGAGAGAUAGAAAGAACAAGAUUAAUGUAGAAUUUCAAAGCUUUGUGAAUCGAGUACAUGAUCUCUGGCGACAACCACAAUUCAAUGACCUUGACUUGGAGUUUGAUCAACCUCUUAGAGAACUUGGCUUCCCUGGGGUACCUCAUAAAUCUUCGGUAUUUAUUGUCCCUACCUCAGCAUGUCUUGUUGAACUGAUAGAGACUCCUUUCCUUGUUGUCACCCUAAGUGAUAUUGAGAUUGUGAAUCUGGAGAGGGUUGGCCUUGGUCAGAGGAACUUCGAUAUGACAAUUGUAUUUAAGGACUUCACGCGGGAUGUCCUUAGGAUCGAUUCUAUCCCUUCUAUGUCACUCGAUGGCAUCAAGGUGUGGCUCGACACAAUAGACAUCAAAUAUUAUGAAAGCAGGUUGAAUCUAAUGUGGCGUGCUAUCCUGAAGAAACUCACCGAUGACCCUGAAAGCUUCAUUGAAAAUGGCGGAUGGGAGUUUCUGAAUUUGGAAGCUACUGAUUCAGAAUCUGAUAACUCAGAUAAAGUUUACGAACAAUCGGAUACUGAUGACAGUGAAUCAGUUGUUGGAUCUGAGGAGGAUGAAGAGGAAGAAGACUCCGAUGAGGGUUCAGAGGAAGAAGACUCCGAUGAGGGUUCAGAGGAAGAGAAGGGAAAGACAUGGGAAGAACUUGAGAGGGAAGCAAGCAAUGCAGAUAAGGAGGAAGGGAAUGAGUCCGACAGUGAAGAAGACAGUAAAAGAAGGAAGGAUAAAGCUGCCUUUGGUAAGUUGCGAGGCGGUCAAAGUAGUAGUAUGCCAAAGCGGCGCAAGUUAAGAUAG